AUGUUUAUCUCCGCAAAGGUGAUAUGUCCACGCCAAGUAAAUGAUGCCCCGUAUAUAUGGUAUCCUCGCCCAAUUUCGGAUAAGCGCGGUCAUAUUAACACUUACGUUACUGGUGAUGGCAAGUUUCGUUCCGUUCCUAUUUCCGAUGUAAUGCGCUCCGAAUCCGGGAAUGCAGUCAUACGGUUCGAAUCAAAUGUUGCCCAAACUGAACUGCAUUAUAAAAAGCUGCCUAAUCAGUUGAUUGCGAUGACCGAACGCCGUUUGAUAUUCAUAUGUGGACCGCGGGAUUUGGUUCUGAGUGAUGCAUUGCAGCGUCACCUUGAGCGGCUCAAUGGCAUUGGUCAAAUGAAACCACUUCCUUGGGCGUCAUCCAUGCCAGUUAUUCAAGAAAUCAAGAAAAUGGGUACGGGGUUGGGAGUGCUUUUCUUGAACAGAGGGCACUUGCAACUACCCCUGCAAGGCUGCGGGAGCCGUCCAUCACCACUUUUUGCUGCGGACAACGAGGUGUACGUGGAUUCCAUCACCGGAACACGUUCAUGCGUAGCGGAUCCCAUGGGACAAUCACGUAUCGGAUUUGUUUGCGAAGGUCGUCUUGAACCCGAUGAUUGCAUGAGAUCUCUCUUAGACAAAAAUGAUCAAAUUGUAACUGCCCCAAAACCAUAUUCUUAUCGUCAUUUCGAUACCAAUAAGCCAUGGGUGGUAACGCAAUUUUUUUCUAAAUUGGCACUGCCACCAUUCAAUGGCGAAUGCAGAUGCAUCAAUCCCGAAACAGGACAGGUGAAGGCCAAGAUAGAGAUCCUCUCAAAAACCGAGUACAUUUGUGACAUCGCCAGCAAGGCCUUCCUUAGCCGUUUCCGUCCCAUCCACGGGCCUUGGUGCUCUGUGAUGUUACACCCGGGUAGUACAUUGACCAUAAAGCUACCAACACCGGCGGUCAAAUCAGUUUUUAUCGACCAAGAUUAUAACUAUGAUUUCCAGGGGGACUUCUUCGUUCUCCCAUUUUCGCAAUUGGCAUCCAUCUAUGAAUACGAAUCUGAAUUCCUGCCGAAGGACGUGACUACGCUGAGACAACUGAAAUCAAUUCAUGACAUCAAUGCUUACGACGAAAUCUUAUAUCACAAAGGCAUUGCUGGCGAUGCCCUUGAGUUGGAUGUUUCUCGAAUGCCACUGGGAGAAGUGAAGCUGAAGUACCAGCUGGGCAAACCGCUAGCGUUGCGAGAAAGGUCUAAUUCAUUCUUUUAUCAUUGGACUCUGAUAUCUAGGAACGAAAACGUUCCCGAUAAGAUAAGGGCCGCCAUAAAUGUGUCAUUUGCGUUUUCUCAUAGCUACUGGAUUAUAGGUUGCGAUCGCGGGCGACCAAGCGUCUUUGAUCCAGAGAGUAGCAAUGAAUAUUGCUCGAUCAGAAUGGUGGGAAACGGAAUAGGGGGUGUUUACGAAUGUCUAUUCAAUCAAGUGCAGGAUCGCCGGCUGGCUGGCAUCCACUGCAGAGCUGACGAGGUCCUGUUGCCAAACAACUGUGAAUCCGUUGGGUACGAUCUCGUUUCCAAUCAGAUUAUACCAAUGCCUGAAUCGAUGAAAAAUGCCACGAUUCAACCCACUCCUGGGUUUCAGGUAUUCGACAUUGAAUUGAACGACGAUAGCCCUGUCAGUUAUGCGUGCAUUUGCGUCGACGAACGUGGAUAUGAAACAUCUAGGCUUAUUGUGGAAUCCACUCACCGCGAAGAGUGUUCUUAUGCAGUAAGUCGUGAUGAGGUCCGUCACACUUUUAUUCCUUAUAUAUUGCUGCAAUUGGGGGAAGCAGGAGUAUCAAACGGAGGCGCUGUAUCUUCACAAUCACUGAUGCUAUACAACGUAUUACAAAAGUCGAUUUUGCUAGGAAUCGGUACGACAUUACGCAUCCCUUGUGGCCCCGAUCAGCAGAGCGUUGCAGGUAAUGGGCGGAUAACAACUACAUGGCUUCCCAAGCAGCCUGAAGAAUAUCAUUAUACAGUCAACCAGAGACCACAUGGGCCUGAGCUGAUACGUAAGUCUCACAACGAGUCAUUUGCUAGCACUCCAGGUGCUCUGGAAAUCGGAUACCAAGAGAACGGGGGGAGACCUGAAUAUAAAGAAUUGACAAUCAAAUCGCGCAAAGGUGCCAUAUUAAUAUCUAAAGAUCCACUACACAAGAAAUUCGUGCCGAUGACGUUCCUCUGCGGGAAUACGCCAGAACAAUCGGAUUUGCCCGUCGUCAUUGAUGGUGUAUCAACUUCGGCAGCGUCUCCACCACCUAAUGUUCAGGGAGUAAAAUCAUCGGCGCAAUACACAUGGAAUAUCGUUGAAGUUGCCGUCGAGACCACUGACCCCUACAUGCAAGGAUGCGGCGUUACCUACGAGUCCACUGACCUAUUCAAACCUGAGACACACCAACUCUACGACGCUGAUGGGCAACUUCAGUUCGGCUGUAAGAUUGAUCUCCAUAUGGCUAAAGAGGCUGCAUUCUACUGCCCAGCGCCGUAUGUCCUGGACCCACCCAAUUGCUUCAGCCAGGUCUCCGUGGACGGCACCGUCAAGAACACGCGCGACAUCAGCCAAUCCUUGGUGACAUCACAAUCAAAUCAUUUUAUGAUUUUGUAUUCAUUCAGUGGACUCGUUGGGCCCGGAGAGAAGCUACGCCAGACGCCUCCGUUGGAGUGCCGCUGCGUAACCACAAAGGGCAUCAUCCUCUCCACCAUACAGAUAGAGAACUACUACGCCAAGUAG